AUGGCCAAGGCUAGCAGCUCCAUCCACUCUUCGCGCCGCAAGUCGCGCAAGGCUCACUUCAGCGCUCCCUCGAGCGUGCGCCGCAACAUCAUGAGCGCUCCCCUGAGCAAGGAGCUGCGCGAGAAGUACAACGUCCGCAGCAUCCCCAUCCGCAAGGACGACGAGGUCACCAUUGUCCGCGGCUCCAACAAGGACAAGGAGGGCAAGGUCACGUCGGUCUACCGUCUCAAGUACGUGAUCCACGUCGAGCGUGUCACCCGCGACAAGGCCUCCGGCCAGAGCGUCCCCCUGGGCAUCCACCCCAGCAACGUCGUCAUCACCAAGCUCAAGCUUGACAAGGACCGGGAGAGCAUCCUGGCCCGCAUCAAGGCCGGCCGUGAGCAGCGCGAGAAGGCCAAGGAGGAUGCCAACUAA